AUGUCGACAUCGGGAGUUGCUGUCAACGCGGACGUCCAGUCCACCUUCAUGAAGCUCAGCGAGGGCAAGAAGGAAUUCCGCUACAUCAUCUUCAAGAUCGAAGAGCGUGAGGUUGUCGUCGAAGCCGCCGUCACGCACGACGAACUCGCCGGCACUGAGGACGACUACGAAACGUGCAGCAAGGCGGCUUUCGAAAAAUUCGUCACCGAUCUCAACACGCGCACCAACGAUUUCACAGACUGCCGAUACGCCGUGUUCGACUUCAAGUUUACCACGUCUCGCGUCGGUGCCGGCGUGUCCAAGAUGGACAAGAUCAUCUUCAUUCAACUUUGCCCGGAUGGCGCCCCGAUCAAGAAGAAGAUGGUGUACGCCUCGACAGCCUCUGCGAUCAAGGCUUCACUUGGUACCGGGAAGCUGCUGCAGUUCCAAGUCAGCGACGAGGGAGAGCUGAGCCAUCGUGAGCUGCUAAGCAAGCUGACUGAGAAGUAUUCGGACAAC